UUCCAGCAUGAAGUUAAUCUUGUUCCUGGCUUUUACCCUCGCCUUGGUGGCUUGCCUGGUCCAGGCUCAGCCCGUUACGAUCAGGAAUCUCGACCAAGCUUUGGUACCACAUAGCCGCCAAAAGCGUGCUACCUGCGAUCUUCUCUCCGGGCUGAACUAUAACCAUAGUCUCUGCGCUGCCCACUGUAUUGCAUUAUUGAAGAAGGGCGGUUAUUGCACUGACAAGGGCGUAUGCGUGUGCCGCUCUUGAUUUGGAGUUCAAAAUGAACAAAAGUGUCUAUAUGAACUUCAAUUCUAAAUAAUCCAAGAGCAAAUAAAAAC